GUACGGUAGUACCAAAUUCGCGCCCAGUAUAGAAAACCCUCCUCAGGAAAGCUGCAUGAUUUUGCAGCUCCCAGCAAUGGCGGAGAAAGGGGGAAAGCGAUUCUCAGCACUGGCUGGGAAGAAAGUCACCGUUUCGAAAUCGACCGCGAAAAAGAACGUGCCAUUGAAAGGCAAGGAUGAUUCAUCGUCAAAGAAGGGAAGAAAGAAAGUUCAUUUCGAAUUGUCAGAUUCUGAAGAUUCAGAAGACAUAGACGUCAACAUGCCUGUGAAGUCUGCUGAGAAGGGGAAGGGGUCAUCUGGAACCCCCAUUGCCAAGGGAGACUGGGCCAAAGGAGGAAAAGAUGAUAGGAUGGGGAAGGCUGGGGGAAAGAGCAGUGGGGCACGAGAACCGGUUGUAAAAGUCAGUAUAGCUGAAGUAGAACUGAAAAUUGAAGAGGAACUUCCAAAGAAUGCAAAAUGUCUAAUGGACUGUGAGGCAGCACUCGUUUUGCAAGGAAUUGAGGAGAGCCUGUCAAUAUUGUCAGCGGAUCCAGCAGUCAAGAUCCCAGAAUCAUUUUUCAAAGGAUUGCAGUAUGCCAAAACUGGCAGCCAUUAUACAAGUCCCGAGGCUGCAAGACAAGUCUUAUCAUUUAGAACGCUGAAAAGGAACAAGGUCACUGAUGGCGAGAUAUGCAUGAUUGGAAACAUUUGCCCGGAAACAGUUGAUGAGGUUUUCGCCCUUGUGCCAUCCUUAAAGGCUAACAGGCAGAAGAAUGAAGGACCAAUCAAAGACGCGUUAUACAACUUGGCAAAACACAAACAAUCCAAGUGAAGACCCGCCUCAUGGCAUGUACAGAUCCGUGGUAAGUAGUCCUUUGAAAUAUGGGAAUCUUCUCUUGCCUUUUGUAGUUGACAUAGUAUUUCCAGUUUAAUGACGGAAGGCACUUUUGCAUGUUGAA